AUGUCCAACGGUUCGUGCCUCCUACCACAAGAUUUGUUUCUCCAAAAGGCCUAUUUCUAUCCCUUUCCUUUGGAUCUACUUGUGAGUGCUAUCGCUGCUGCAAUGUUGAACGUGUAUAUUCCCCUGUAUCUGGGGGAUCUGGUUAACAAAUUAUCCGACUGUUUCAGUCAAAAGGAGAGAAUCGCCGCUCUGUACGGUCCAGCAGCCAAACUUUGCAUCUCCUAUACAUUACAAGAUGUGGCUUACUUCGAUAUUCACAGUUGCAGUAAAAUGUUGGAUCAGAUCGCUGCGGAUGUCCAAACAUUCAAAAGUUCCUUCAAACAAUGUGUAUCUCACGGACUGCGAAGUGGUGCUCAGUCCGCAGUGCUUCGUCAAGCAAUCACAACCGAUCAGAUUCGGAAUGACAAAUCAAACAACGGAGUUAUGUCAGAUGCCACUAAAUGGGCAUUUCUUAAACAACACGACAAGUUACUCCUUUUUCAACAGUUUAAAAUACUGGAAGCCUGA